AAUUGUGUGUGUGUUAUUAUUUUACUUGGAGUAUUUACUUUUGAGGAAGUAAAGAGGCUGUUGUGAAGAUAAACAAUAUGGCGGAAUAAGGAGAAGGAAGACACAAAUAUUUAAAGUUAAAAAAAUGGAAUUUGAAAAAUCUGCCGCUGGUCCGUCUGACGACCCGCCAGCAUAUUCAGCAGGGGGAUAUACCCAGCCCCCACCUAUUGCACAGCCGCCUGCAUUUGCACCAGUGCAUGGACCACCACCACAGCCACCACCACCACCGCAGCCAGGGUAUGGGGGUCAGUUUGGUGGUCAGUAUUACAGACAGCCAUGUGGUCAGCAGACAGGCUACUACAUGCAAGGCCAACAGGUGAUAACACCAGCCUUGCCUACCCAACCUGUUGUGAUCAUUCAACAGCCUCAACCACGGCAGCCACCACCAGUGAGACCAGGGGAAAGAGCAGGCUGGGCCAGUGACUCAGCUCAGAGGUGUGCUGUUCUACAGUUGGUUGCUGGAAUAAUGUCCAUAAUCCUGGGCAUUGCUGCAAGUGCCUCUGAUGCUGCUCUGGGUGUCGUGGGCAUGGGAAUCACAGCGGGCAUUUUCUACACCAUAGCUGGAAGUCUAGGCAUAGCAGUAGGGAGAGAGAAGAAGACAGCCAUGAUAGUGUCCCACAUGAUCUUCUCCAUCUUUUCCAGUUUAAUCUCCUUGCCCUUGCUGGUCAUUCAUAGCAUUGGAGCAGCAUUGGAAGAAGAUGAACACUGCACCAACUCUUACUUCUGGAUUUGGACCGUCAAGAAGGAGUGCGAGCAGCCUCAGCUUGGGGGUCACAACUUCAUCCAUGCUGUCCUGAUUAUUAUCUCUCUGGUAGAGUCUGUUGUGGCCAUCAUUUCUGCUGCUUUGUGUUGCCGUACCACCUGCUGCGGCUCCUCUCCAGUAGGGGGUCAAGUCUUCUACACCGCAAAUACACAUCAAGUGCAGAUGAUCCCUGGCGGGGGCACUGUUCACUACAUACGCCCUGGAAACUCCGUCGCCACUACCAACAUGAUCACAACCACGCAUUACCAAGAGAGUGCCAGAAUAAGUUGAAUUCCCCCCCCCCCUCCGGAGUUUAAUUGAAUUAUAAUUAAUUUUUGUAUUUAAUUUGGUGCAAAAAUCCUAAAUAGAAUACCUUAAACUCUUUGAUAAAUCAAUCUAACAUUUUCAGUGUAAAAAGAACAUGCAAUCCCAUUUAUAUAUUUGCUUUCAGGUAUUGAAUGUAUGCCAGUAAUAAAUGUACAGUAUGUAAUUAAGACUUUGUCACAUCAAUACUUCCAGCAAAAAGUUACAAUACUAACUGUAUAUACAAUUAUAGCAGAACCUUUUUCAGUUAUUAGAGCAACUAUUUGGAGACUAGUUUUGUUGAAGUCUGAAACUGCUGGCUUUGGACAUUAGUUUAUUGUCCAAGUUUGAAGUGCUGAACACCUGUUUGAAUGUUUUUUUUUUAUGCUGUGAAAGUGUGUGUAUACAUAGCACACCUUCCGUUUGACUUUUUCCCUGUAAACUCAGGUGUGAAAAGUGAUGAUGCAUAAUUCCAGCCCAGUCUGUGGUAAUCUUUGUGAAGGGUUUAUAUUGUUUUAUUUUUUAGAGCUUUUCUUAAAUCAUAUGUAGUGUAUGUAAAUAUGCAGGGUUUUAGAAUUAAAGAAGUGUGUGUGUGUGUGUGUGCGUGCGUGCGUGUGUGUAAGAUGAUGAUGAUAAUGAUGUGUAUAUUUAUAGAUGUAUAUUUGUAAUGAAAGAACACAAAUUAUACAUGUUUUCUGUAAAAAGAUACCACAGUGAUAAAGAAGAAGAAGCAUAGCUACUCAAGUAUAAUGUAUGACUAUAUAAUUAUCAAUAACUAUAAUAAUUGUAAGAUCAAUAAUAAUAAUAAUAAUAAUAAUAAUAAUAAUAGAGAUAACAUGACCAAUGAGAAUGUGAGAUGAUGCCCACGUGACAAAACAAAGGACAAAGACUAUGAUUAGGAACACAAAAAUAUCCAUAUAUUGGCUACGUGUUAUUAGUAUUUGUCUUUACUAUUUUGAAAAAAAAAAUCUUGUCUUUUUGCCAAUACCAAAAUCACUGUAACAGUUUUUCUUAGGAAGGACCAAUGUAGUAUGUAUGAAUGGGAAACACCACCACACAUUGAUAGAGUUCUUUUAACAGGGUGAAUGUUUAACUAGUCAAAUAGAACAUACAUGGCAAUUAUGAAACAUAGGCUGAAAAACCUUCAUACCCUUAGCUUACGGCCAACCUGGACAUAGGCCUUCAUCAGUCUGAUGGAAAAUGCUAACCGUAUGAGUUUUUUUAGCUUGUGUUUGAUAAUUUUUACUUAUGAUCCAACAACCAAGCUAUUGAACAUUUUUGCUCAUUUAGUCAAAUAGAAAUUCUGCACUAAUGUGCAUCAAUGAAAUGUUUUUUUAUUAUUUAUUGAGUGAUCUACAUGUAUGCUAAUUAUAAUUCUGGUCACCUACCCAAAUUACAUUUAAGUUUUCAUCUAGAAGAAAUAAUUGUAGGUGAGGUAAAAAGAUAUAGUAAAACAUGGCAUAUUCAUGUAAAUAUUAAGUAUAUACUAUUGUCUUCUGUGAGCUGACAAUAAAUUGCCACUCAAAAUUCCAGAUUGCUUAGUGAUGCAUUGCCCUAUGUUUUGUGAAAUUAAAUGUGCACAUAUUCUUCUUUCCAUCAACAGUAUGUAUAAAACACUUUUGUGUUGAAACAACCCAUUGACAUUAUAGAAAAUUUAUAUUUUUUUACAUUUACUCUUUCUAUUAGUACAUGCAUCUGCAUAUAUAUGUAAUUUUUUAGAAUUUUCUUUUUCUUUAUCCUUUUCAGUUGUAAUUAGGCCUUAGAAAGAUUCGAAACACUUCCCACUUUUAUAUGGAUCAUUCAGAUGCGUUUUAUUAUAUACAAUGUACAUAUAGGUGAACUAAUUGUCAUUCUUUUUUAUGGUGUGCCAAGCAAAUUUUAAUGUAUGUGGAAGAAAAUUAAACCCAGAGAAUAAUAAAAACGUCUA